GUAAAGAAGGCUCAGGGUUCGGACCAACGCUCUGCUGGCGACAAAAAUAGCCAGUGACCGUUUCCAUCCCAUCUGAAUGCCAGGCUGCUGCCACUUGACACCCAGAGCUUCUUCCAACAUGCAGGCUAGCUAACUGCUCCCAGGGUUACUGCUCAGUUUGGCCACGCUGGCCGCCGAGGCUAUUUCGGUAGCCAGUCUUCUGUGCUCACCUCUGGGUCCCGUUCACCCAUCACAUUUCAUCCUAGGUUUGGAGACUUGAACCGGUGUUGUGGAUUCGUCUUACUCUACGGAUUUUUCUUAUGACCUUUUUUCCUGGCUUGUUUUGACCCUAUGACCCUAUGGGAUACCCAAUCGGAAGGCUGCUUGACCCUACUGUGGAUGGUAAGCUGACCUGUCAGGGUCCCAACUGAUCAAAAACACCAGACAACCCGCUGCGGUCUGAGGUGUGCGACCAGCGACGUCCUCGCCGGGACUUCCCGUUUUGCCGCCAUGACAUGCGUGGAGAAGCGUCCGCUGGGCCACCGCUCCGGAGGGGUCGGCAUGCUGCACCACCGCUUCCCCAACGGCUUCACCGAGGUCUUCAUGGACGAGACGGACCGCGAGGUCAGCAGCCUGACUGACCGCGCCUUCCGCAGCCUCUGCGUCGGAGACGAGGCCGUCUACAACGAUGACUUCUCCUACGGAUACUCUCCCUUCAGCUGCCACAAGCCUCUGGUGGAGAUGGCCUCGAAAAAGACACCGAAAGAGGGUUUCUUGAAAAAACAGCUCCAGCAGCAGCAUCAGCAGCAACUCACCAACGGAGGCAGCAACCCUCAGACCGGGAGACAGAAGAAGGAGAUGUCGUCCACGGUGUCGUCGCUCCUCAAGGCCUUCGGCACUGCGGAGGAUGGCGGUGAGGCCUCACUGACUAAGAACGGUUACUCCUGGGAUAAGUCGGCCCUCCUCAGCAUCCAACAGGAGCUGUCUGAGUUUUCCUCGGAUUACCAUAGCAUCCUUUCUGAUGGACAGUUCAACCAUUCUAAGAAUUCCAGGGACGGGACGUUCAAGACGUCGGGCAAGGACGGUUCCCAAUCCAAGAACAAAAACGGGAAAUCCAGCAAUCUCAGGAAACUCAACAUCAAAAACUUUUUUCUGCACAGCGAGUUCAGCCCCUUCCAGGCGUGGAGGAACUUACAUAGGUUUCCAUUCAGCCAGGGGGACAUUGCCACCUCCAUUAUCCCCUCGGACAACCUUCCAAAAUGGUAUGACUCGGUUCUUUACAAAGAGCUGACGGAGGCACACCGGAUAGAGACUCUGCCCACAGAGGAGACCUGCCAGGACUCUGCCCCUGUGGAACCCACCACACCCCCUGCACCUCCUGUUCCACCCAAGGUCCCGCCAAAACCCCUCAUCUCCCUGUCUGAGAAGAGGUGCUCCUCCGAAGGAGGGGAGGCUGGCGCCCCCUGGAGGCGAAACCGAGCUAGAGCCAAAAGUGCCGCCCUGGGUAACAAACCUGGCGUGCUCUCCCCUCCCCACGACACCUCCAAGCAGGCGGACGUCAGUCCAUUACCGGGUAAGAAGGAGGUGGAGGUGAAGGCGAUGGAGGAGCCGGGCUCUGUACCCUCGACUCCCUUCAACAUCUCCCAGCUGAUGACCCCGGUCAUCCCGUCCAGACAGUCGACCGAGACCUCGGAGGUCCUGCAGACGGUGCUCUCGUCCUCAGCCUUGGACUUGCCCCUGAGGCCCGGCUCAGAGGCCAAGGUGACCCCCGAACCACCAGUCAAACGAGAGAGCUACAAGUCCAUUGCCUCGAGUCUGCUCUUCAAUCUGAAGGACAACAGGAAGAGGGUCAAGAGCAGGUACAGUCCGUCCAGGUUCAAAACGUCCGAGCUGACUGACCGCAGUAAUCAGUCUCCGAGGUUGGAUCCGACUCUCUUCAAAUAUUCCUACGCUGGAUCUGACGGCACCGCUUCUGGUUUGAGCACGCCGGCCAUUCUGAAGGAUGGACAACCCAUACGCAGUCCGCUCUUGGAGUCCUCCAACGGCCAGACGGUUUCACUUCGGAAAUACCUUGAACCUGAAAGGCCCAUAUCGGAUGAUUACUUGAUAUCAAACCUAUUGAAGGAGAGAGGAAGAGAGGCGGCGGGCAGCAGGAGUCUGAGUGACUCACAGGAGAACACAGGCACGUAUGGGGGUUCCCCCUUCAUAAACUCCAAGACGAACAAGAGUCCACUCGCCAACAAACAGAGCUAUCCCUCCUUGAACCUGUAUAAGAAAGCUAGUCCUGAGGUGAAAACACUAAACAGAGACACCCUUUCGGUUCCCAACGACAACCUUGCAUGGGAAAGCACCAAAGGAGUGUCUCCCCUGUCUGACGGCACGGCGAGGCCGGCCAGAGACGCCACAGAGAUGAAAGACGUCAAAGAUAAAACGGUUACUACAAUGGACAUUAUCAGAGCUGCCAAGGAGGCCAUAAGCGCCGCGAAAAACAAAGCCCUGUCAUCGACUCCAAGAAGCACCAAGAAACAAGCCAAAGAAGCGAUAGAGCCGAGGGAGAAGGAUGUGGGUGAACAGGCGCUGACUACCAAGGAGCUGACCAGGAACACUGGGGUUGUGUGGUCUCCUGAGGAAAACCAACGUCAGGCCCCUGAUAGGACAGAAGCACAGGAUUCCACAGCUGCGUCUAAGAACAGCGAUGCUCGACGAGCGCCCCCUCCAGUACCUAAACGAGCCACCGCCAGACCACUUGAGAAGCACCAGGCCAGGGACGGACUCACCAACGGGGAAACAGGAAAUGAUGUAUCCGUGCCAAAAGAAACGGCGCCAGUUAGAAAGCAAGGCCGGUUGAAACACAUCUUCUCAGCCAGACAGAACAACUACAUCAAAAGCCAGAGAUCCGCGGUAUCAGAGGGAGGCGAGGAAGAGGAAGAGGAGGAGGAGGAGGAAGAGCUCGAGCCUAGAGAGGAGGACGGAUUUAACACAGACUUGAAGAAAGACGAUAGACGUCCAGAGCUGACCGCGCCUAGAGAGAUUAAAGAUAGUGAACACAUCAUUAGUGAUUUACAUGCAUUGAAAGAGCUGGAAAUGGCAAGGCUAGGCGACCGAGAGAACGUGAAGAAUAAAAAGCCAGGCCACAGGGAAGAGGAAGCGAAGGUGAAAAACGACCUCAUUUCGAGGGAGCUCAGGAACAUCAAGCGGGGGAUGCUGUCGAUGAGAGGAAACGCGUUCUCCAAAAGGGAGCCGUUUGCCAAGAAAGAGCAGGAGCAGAGCAAGCGCGAGGCGUUCGAAAAGAUCGACAGCAACGUCGUUGUCAACAAAUCGCUGAUCAACGACAACUACGACAAGGCCAAGAUGGCGCUGGAGGAGGUCAUAACGGAGAGGCUGAAGUAUAAAGGCUCCAACAACCAGGAAGAAGACGGGAAGUCAGUGCCUGAGGGGAAGGCGCAAGGUGACAGCUACGUCGCCAGAGUGCACGAUCGCAAACAAGCCAGGCAGGACACCCAGAGAGCUGCGGACGACAAACAAAAUGGCGCGGAGGCAUCGGUGCUGAGAGAGAAGGAAGUGAGAGAGAGGCUGGGAGAUCUGAGAGAUCACAACCACAUAAUACAGAUUCUCUCCCAGACUGAGAACAAACAUGGUGACAUCCACAGGGCGGGAGGGACGGUCAACAUGCUUGGCAUGGACAGGGUCAGCGCAGAACUCCACAGAAUCAUAAAUUGGUCCAAGGAAGAACAAGACACGCCCCUUGGUGAUAGUAGUGGUGGAAAUGAAGGAAGGCGGAACGAGAAAAAGCAAGUCAACGUGAAUGACGACAGAGACAGCAGUGAGGCGAGCUCUACGAAUGUAUCACGGCAGACUUCUGUCGAAACAAAUGAAAGUCAGAUGAGGGAAAGGAGAGACAGCAGGUCCGAUGUGCCACCUGUUCCACCUCGUGUUAAGAAAGGAUUGAGCAAAAAAGAUGGGAGCAGUGAGAAAGACGCAGAAAGUGUGUGUGAGGACAUCUGGCAGAACAGCAUGAAGGAUAGUGAAGAGUUCCAAGCCAUGAAGCAGAGAGGUCAACCCACAGGCCAAGACAGCGAGGCUGCAACCGAGAAAGAAGUCACCCAGGGUCAAAGUUCAGGUCUAGAGAGGGAUACUGAAAAGCACAAGGUUGCAGCAAACGCUGAAACGGAUGCGCUCAGAACAAAGACUGUCAAAGAACAACCCAAGGCCGAACAAAACGACACCAAGCCACUUGAACAGCCUAAAAUUAAGCGGAAGGCCCCUUUACGACCAGAUGACGAGAGGGACAAUAAGGAACACAAAAGCCCUGCGCACAAAGAGAGAGACAUGCAGAAUCCAUCUACUGAAAAACCCGAAACACCCAAUACAAUUCACCAGGACAUCUCUUCUGGUGGAGAUGGACUUGUUCAUGAUGCGGAUGUCCAUGGAGAGACCGUUUCCCCAUCCCUCCUGAACGUUCACACGUCCAACCAGAGUCCGCCAGACAGGAGCAGUCAGUCCUCCAAAUCGUCCUACUUCUCCGUAGAGAGCACCCUGCACAGAAACACAGAGACCGACUCCGCCAUCUACCACUCCCUGGACAACCUGAUUGACGAGAUGGAUGAGGAGGAGCAGGAGGAUGUCGCAGAGGAUCUGGGGAAGACAGAAGUGAAGUAUUACACUGUUAGUGACCAUGAUAGUGAAGCGGAAGUGGAGGACAUGUCAGAGAUGUCUGCUGCUGAGCCAGAAGGGGUGGAAAUACCUCAUCCUGAGGUCAAGAGAAAAAUAUUAUGGUCGCAUGUGGUGAAGAGGAAUGACGAUGAGGACCAAGAACCAACUGUGCAAUCAUUGUCCAGCAGCGAUGUGUGUUCUCCAACCAACCACUUAUCUCCGGUUGUGCAGUCACCGCCCAAUAGCCAUGUCUGUUCACCAACCAAUAACCUAUCACCAACCAUUCAGUCACCGCCCAAUAGCCAUGUCUGUUCACCAACCAAUAACCUAUCACCAACCACUCAGUCACCGCCCAAUAGCCAUGUCUGUUCACCAACCAAUAACCUAUCACCAACCACUCAGUCACCCGCCAGCAGCAAUGUCUGCUCCCCCACCAUUGAGAAACCAGCUUUAUUCAAAGUGAAGGACAACACGUUCAAUCACAAACGGCCUGUGUUGCACCUGCCCAUCCACGACCCUGUCGAUCGCCCUCAGCUGCCCAGAGAGAGUCUGAGUGCUUCUGAGAGAGGGGAAGAGAGUCACCAACAUCCCAAAGACAGUGUUGACCCCUAUCAGCCAGGAUAUUCUGCCACCAGAUCAGAUAAACCCGCCAUCAAAACGACAGAAACAUCCGAGCACACCACCCCCUCCUCCUGUUCACCCAUGUCUCCCUCAAACCUGGCGCCCGACAGCUUCAAGGCCAGCCAGUACGGGGCUUUCCUCGCAGUGCCCCAGGAGAACGACAGAGCCUUGGGCUUGAGCCCUUCAUCCGAGGGGAGGGAGAGCCUGGCGGCCAGCACGGCGGACACAGGGGACAUGGACACUCUGUCCAAUCCUGCCGUCCUGGAGGGCACGGAGGAAGAGGCCUCCAAGGUCCCCAGUGAGAGGUCGGGCUCUGUCUGCAGCGGGAACGACUCCCAAGGCCCCAGCAAGCCCCCCGUGGUCCCCCCCAAAUCGGAGAAGGCCCUCCUCCGGGCCAUGAAGCUGACCACCAGGAGGAUCCAGAAGGAGGAGGCCAAGAGUAAGCCAACCCACAAGAGUCGUGGCGGCAGCAAACACGGGAGCAACAAGCGCAAAGGGGAGAAGUCGGAGCAGAAGAGCAGCAGCGUGGAGGAGAAGCCCCCAGGUACGGAGGAGCACCAACGGGACAGGGUGGAGCAACCCGGCCACAGCGAUCGCCAUGACCGGACGGAGCGCAGCAGCCACGGCGACGGAAAGCACGGCCGAGAACCGAGGGCGGAACGCGGCCGCCACAACCACGGCGACAGGCCCCAUGGCGGAGGGGGCGACCACGGCCACGGCCAUAACCGAGAGACCGGGGAGAAGGUUCACCCGGGUUCCUCGCCCUCGCAGCGUCCCGGACACGGUGGCGCCAAACCCAUCCACGAAAAGUACCACGGCGCCGACGGGAUCAUCAGCGACGUCCCUGUAUACAAAGCCCUGCCCGGCGACAGACACCUUGUCCCUGAAAACAACCAGCUGCUCCAAAGGUCUCAGAGCAUUGACAGGUACGUCUUGGACAAGGCCGAACACAGGCUCAGGGCGAGUGAGAAGCCGGCGUGCGACAGAGCCGACCCGAGGACUCAGCGAAUCGAGCGCUCCAUCAUGGACGAGCUGCAGCAGAGAGGCAGGAUCCGAGACAAGCCCGCCAGGGACAGGCAGGGCCAGAGGAGCCGCAGCAUCGACACCUACAUCAGCGAGACGGCCGACGCUCCGUCCAAUCCCGCCAACCUGUCACGCCAGUCGAGCUACACCGGCCAGCUCUCCCGCCAGUCCAGCAUGGAACACACCAUCGUCACGCAGUCCUUCCCCAUGACUCAGCGCAAGCUCCUCCAGGACCCCGACUCGGGACAGUACUUUGUUGUGGACAUGCCUGUCCAGGUCAAGACCAAGACUUUCUUCGACCCGGAGACUGGGAAUUAUGUUCAGCUGCCCGUGCAGCCUCCAGAGGGCGCUGUCCCCCAGGCCUCCACCAUGGAGGUCCUGAACACCCCGCUGGUGCUGUACCAUGGCUUUGUCCCGGUGCCGGUGUCGUCCGUGACGGCGCAGCCAUCGGCGGUCCAAGUCUCCCAGCAGGAGCAGGAGUUUGAGCAGCGUCUGGAGAUGGCGAGGCAGAAGCACAGCAGGGAGGGACACCCCUACCUGGAGCCGGUGUACCGAUCACAAGACCACAUGCUGGGGGAGUUCCUGGGCACAGAGGAACUGGACUGCAUGAGCUGAUAGGCUCUGCCGGUGGCCUUAUGGACCCACUCACCCGGGGGUGACAGCAGCCCUGGGGGAGGCACUGUAAAGGCAAUUUGAGGUGGACUGUGUGUGCUGACUAACUGAUUUAAGUAGCUUUUAACACGGAUUCUGGCUCCUCUUUGUUGUUGUUUUUGACACCUGAUUGGUUCAGAGGAGGAAAGGUGAGGGGGCAGACUGGUUUAGCAGAGGAAGGGUGAGGGGGCAGACUGGUUGUGGCCCUGCUCCCGUCCUGAACCCUGAGGGGGCUCCUCAACACUGUGUUAAAAGACAGAUACGAAGUAAACCCGGGGAAAUGGAAAUGAAAGAGGAGAGAGAGAGAGAGAGAGAGAGAGAGAGAGAGAGAGAGAGAGAGAGAGAGAGAGAGAGAGAGAGAGAGAGAGAGAGAGAGAGAGAGAGAGAGAGAGAGAGAUGGAGCUUGAAUUAAUUUGUAAAAAAUGGAACUCAAGGAUACAUUGCGUUUUAAGUGUCUGGUUUCAGGGAUUUGUGAAUGAUUUGUAUGAUAUUUGCAGUUUGUACAAUUAGGCGAGAUACUGUAUAACAGUGUGAAAAGAACAUGGACGUUCCAUGUACAUUAUGUAUUUUACAUGUAAACAAAGAAAGGCAGAUUGAUUGUAAAUCUUAAAAGGAGUUUAAUAUAUUUAACUGAAGUGGUUGUCCCUAUAUUUCAGUUUUUUUUGUUGAUGUUGUUAAAUUGAUUGAUGCUGUGUAAAGUUUCUGUUUCUUUUUCGAGUUAUUUUUUCACCAAACCGUUAAAUCUCACAAUUAGAAGUUUAUCUAUUUGAUUUAUAAAAAUUAGAUUAGAUUUCAAGUAUUUGCAUCGCGUUUCGAUCUACGUUUCAGUAAGUCUUGAUUAAAAUGCCCAUUAGGCCAAGUAUUAUAAAAAAUAUCUUGCAUGCAGAAGUUUUCAAUUGAUGGAACUAUGGUUUUCAAUUGAUGGAAUUGGUGGUGAGUCUGUCAGACAAUGUUUUGUUUGAUGCUAAUAUACUUGCGAGUUUGAAUGGCAUUGGCACAAGUGGCAAUACUUUAUAUAUUUUAUAACAUGCAGGAGACGUGGACAUGUCUUGCACUUUGGUUGUAUUUUGCAUCCAAUGCCUAGAUAAUGCAGGGCUGUAUUUUGUCUGUGAACCAUUCCAAUAAAGACAUGUUAUGUUAAA